AUGAAGGAAGAAUUCAAAAUAAGUACGGAAUUAGAACCCAGUGAGAGAACGGCACUGAGACAAAAAUUGGAAUCGAUUGACGAUAUCUUGCCUCACGUCGGAGACUUCGGGAAAUAUCAGUGGUAUUUACUCCUCGCGAUAUUUCCGUAUAGUCUGUCCUAUGCUAAUCUCUACUUCUCGACAUUCUUCUUCACUCUGGUACCCCAGGAGCACUGGUGCCGUGUCGCUGAACUGCAGGAUCUCAACUUGACAAUGGACGAACGCGUGAGAGCAUCAAUUCCAUCAUCAGAUAAAUACCCUUACUACGACAAAUGCAAUCGCAAGGAUUUGAACUUUAGUGAUCUUCUGAAAGUAAAAAAAUUCAAUAUCGAAGCGUGGCAGACAAAUAAAACAGUACCCUGCGAUCACUGGGAGUACAACAAGUCUGUGGUACCUUACGACAGUAUUAGCAGCGAGCUAGAUUGGGUAUGCGACAAGGAGUACAUGAUAUCUACCACCCAGGCGAUCUUUUUCCUCGGAUCGAUACUAGGCGGUUUUUUGUUUGGAUGGCUCGCCGAUCAUCGAGGUCGAGUACCAGCUCUUGUUCUGUGCAAUAUCAUCAGCCUUAUAGGGACCAUCGCCACAGCUUGGGCUGACAGUUUCGCCACAUUUGCUCUCUGCCGAUUCAUCACAGGAUUCGCUUACGAUAAUUGCAUCAACAUUCCACUAAUUUUAAUCGUUGAGUACAUGGGAGUCCAUCGUCGCACUCUAGUAUUCAACAUAGCCUUUGGUAUCCACUUUGCACUCGGCAGUACACUUUUGCCGUGGUUCGCUUACUACAUCGCCAAUUGGAGACACUUGGCGUACGUCGUUGCUAUUCCCAUGGCAAUCGGUCUACUCACACCCUGGAUUUUACCCGAAAGUGCACGAUGGUAUGCAUCUCAUGGUAAAUGGGACAAAGUGGUGGAAAACCUCAAGAAAAUAGCGAAAGCAAAUGGGAAAACUCCAGAUCCUCGAAUCUACGAGACUUACGUGCGAAAUGCAAGUAAUGCGAGUAAACGAAGUGAAUCAGCAACAAUGCUUGACCUCUUCAAGACUCCACGUCUCGCCAGGAUGACAAUACUGAUAACUGCCUUUUGGACCCUUACGAUAAUUUGCUUCGAUGGCCACGUGUACUCUUUGAAACUCCUGCAGAGUUCGGUAUUUGUCUCAUUCUCCCUCGCCUCAGCUACCGAAUUACCAGCGGGUCUCCUAGUUACCCUCAUUCUCGACCGCUGGGGCAGGAGAUUUUGUGGAUUCCUCACUGUCGCAGGAAUCAGCGCAUGCAGCUUUGCUGAAUUAUAUCUACCAUCAACUAACGGCAAACUAGCUUCCUCGGUGUUGGCCAGAUUUUCAGCAAAUAUGGCAGCCAAUAUAGCUCUUCAAUACGCAGCUGAACUACUACCCACUCCAGUGAGAGCUCAGGGGGUAGCCUUGGUCCACAUAUUUGGUAUCAUGGGCCAUACAGUUUCACCGUAUAUCGUUGACCUUGCUGCAAUAUGGGAUGGAUUUCCCAUGAUGUUAGUUGGGGUCACAGCCUUGGUCACUGCCGUGUUAGUUCUCUUCCUCCCGGAAACUCAAGGACGACAUCUACCGCAAACCCUACAAGAAGGCGAAGAGUUCGGCAAGCACGACAAAUUCUGGUCCCUUCCAUGCUGCAGAAAACCUCGCGACGACCAAUAUUCCAAUAACAAUAAUGAUACUCGAAGUCCAUGAUCUCAUUCCUUAGCUCAAUAAUUAAAAUUUAACAACGUCCAAAAAAUAAUACAUUUUUUUAAAGAUUUUAAAGGUCUCGAAAGAUGACUUACAACAGUCUCAAUUUGAAGCUUGAGAUUUUCAAGUUGAGAGUUUUGGAAAGUUUAAUUUGAGAUUUUGAAACUCUAAAGUUGAGACUUACGAAGAUCUCAAUUUCAAACUUUUAUAGACUCAGGCUGAUACUUUUGAAUGCUUCAAAUUGAAACUGUUGGAACUCACUUGAAAUUUUGCUUUAGGUGUACUUCUAAAAGUUUCCACUAGAGACUUGAAAAGCUCAAUUUAAAACAUUUGAAAAUCGCUAUUUAAAACUUUCAAAGUUUCAAUUUGAUAUCAUAAGUCUCAAAAUAGGGCUUUAUGUUACUGAAGAAUAAUUUGUUCCAAAGAUGUUUUUCUCUUUAUUUCGGACAUUUGAACCGUCACUUUGUGACAGAAUUUAAUGGUACUGGUGUCAAAUACCGUCAGCACUCACCAAACAUCUUUAUGUCAUGCGUGCGUGUAAAGUGCAGGUUAACAGGGGCAUUUGGAGGUCGGUAAGUCGAAUUUUACACGCACCACCAAUCGUUCUUCACUUAACAGACGUUCCCAGUUUUACACGCGUCCUAUGCUAUUUUACUGGUAUUUUACACGUUCUCAAUAACCUCUAGCGACAUCUUGCGGUAUAAACAUGACCCAUUAUCCCAACCAUACACCGAUCAGCUGAUCCAUUAGACACUAUUUAACGAAACAAAUCGCAGUGCAAAAAGCUAAAAAAUAAACUACAUAAUAAUAAAUAAUUAACUCAAAAAGUGAAAUAUGAAUACACAAGA